AUGACAUCAGAUCUAAAACUUGUGGAGCAUUUACAGUCUCUUGCCAAGAACCUCAGUAACAAGCUUCCAGCCAAUACAGAAAAGCCCACCUUGAACAAGUCCGAGCAGGCGGGGAGGAAUGCUCUUCUCUCUGACAUCAGCAAAGGGAGGAAACUGAAGAAGACAGUCACCAAUGACAGAAGUGCACCGGUAUUGGACAAGCCUAAAGGAGCUGGUGCUGGUGGCGGUGGUGGCUUUGGUGGAGGAGGAGGUGGCGGUGGCGGUGGCGGUGGUGGCAGCGGCAGUUUCGGAGGGGGUGGACCACCUGGUUUGGGAGGACUGUUCCAGGCCGGGAUGCCGAAGCUGAGAUCCACAGCCAACAGGGAGAGCGAUUCUGGAGGAAGCCGACCCCCAGUUUUGCCACCGGGGGGAAGAUCCACAUCUGCCAAACCUUUCUCACCCCCAAGUGGCCCCGGGAGAUUUCCUGUGCCUUCCCCAGGCCACAGAAGUGGCCCCCCAGAGCCUCAGAGGACCCGAAUGCCUCCCCCGAGGCCCGACGUGGGCGCAAAGCCCGAUAGCGUUCCCCCUCCAGUACCUAAUACGCCAAGACCCAUUCAGUCAAGUCUGCACAACCGAGGGUCCCCACCCGUGCCUGGGGCCCCCAGGCAGCCCAGCCCUGGGCCAACUCCUCCCCCUUUCCCUGGAAACCGAGGUGCUGCUUUUGGAGGAGGCUCCGUGCGCCAGACACCCUCAGGCUCCUCCUCACCCUUCUCCAGCAGACCUCCCCUGCCCCCUACCCCCAGCAGGGCCUUGGAUGACAAACCCCCUCCUCCGCCACCGCCAGUGGGCAACAGGCCCUCCCUCCACAGGGAAGGGGUCCCACCCCCACCCCCUCAGAACAGCAAGCCCCCAGUGCCUUCUACCCCGAGGCCUUCCUCCUCGUCACAGGCCCCACCGCCUCCGCCACCGCCGAGCAGACCUGGCCCUCCUCCCCUGCCUCCGGGUUCCAGCGGCGGUGAUGAAACCCCAAGACUUCCGCAGCGAAAUCUGUCCCUGACUUCUUCGUCUGCACCCCCCUUACCUUCACCAGGACGCUCGGGCCCUCUUCCUCCCCCGCCCAGCGAGAGACCCCCUCCUCCAGUGAGGGACCCACCAGGCAGAUCAGGCCCUCUCCCGCCACCCCCUCCAAUAAGCAGAAAUGGCAGCACACCUCGGGCCCUGCCUGCCACCCCCCAGUUGCCGUCCAGGAGUGGACUGGAUGGUACCAGGAGUGGGCCUAGGCCUCCCCUCCCUCCCGACAGGCCUGGUGCUGGGGUACCUCCCCCUCCUCCACCAUCAACAUCAAUUAGAAAUGGCUUCCAGGACUCUUCAGGCGAAGAUGAGUGGGAAAGCAGGUUCUUCUUCCAUCCGAUUUCUGAUUUGCCACCUCCAGAGCCAUAUGUACCAACGGCCAAAACUUAUCCCAGUAAACUGGCGAGACAUGAAACCCGGAGUGGAUCCAACCGAAAGGAAAGGGGUGCCCCGCCACUCCCUCCUAACGCCAGGUGAUCUUUGCCUGCUCUUCUCCAUCUGAGCCCAAGAGCUACUUCUGAUGUUACUAUCCGAGGGCUGCCAGCCUUCUCCCCUUGUCUUCCCUUGGCCCCUUCAUAGUGGCAAUAGGGAGGAAGGGAGGUUGACGUGGGAAUAUGUGUGUGUGGGGGGUGGGAAUGCAGGAAAGAAACGCACCUGGCUUUUUAUAUUGUGUAUAUUCUCAAAACUAUUGCUUGCUUCAGCUACAGCCCACCAGUGUUGGUUGCUUAGGGGUCAGUAGGCUUUUGCGGCAAGGUGGCAGAGAUGAGUUGUGUCUUCGCUUUCAACCAACUAAAUUCAAACCUUCACUGCGUAUUUGCUGCAGACUGUAAUAUUAAAUCCCUGAGAGCUAUUUGCUUCCAUGCCUUUUUGGCAUGCUUGGCUCUCCGACUCUAUGCACCACAGACCGCUGAAGCAAGUUGCUGCAUCAGGGCUCAUGAAACAUUUUUCGGUUAUAGGAUGUCCAAUCUUUGGCGGUCUGAGAUAAGCCCUAGGAUAGAGCUGGCCAGUGGACAUACGAUGUGAGCCACAUAUGCAGUUUUUUUAAAUUUCUAGUAGCUACAUUAAAAAAGGAAAAUAGGUGAAAUUCAUUUUAGUAUAUUUUAUUUAACCCUAAUAUACAAAAUAUUCUCAUUUCAGGCUGCAAUUAGUAUAACAAUUAUUGAUGAGAUGUUCUACAUUCUGUUUUGGUACUAAGUCUUCAGAAUCCAGGUGUAUUUUACAUUGAGAGCACAUCUCCUUUCAGACUAGUCACGUCCCAAGUGCUCAGCCACAUGUGGCCGGCAGCUACCAUAUUGGACAGCACAGGCCUCAAAGAUAGAGGAUGGUGCAAAAACCUCUUGUUUCAGGGGAAAAAAAAAAAAGCAAGAUAAGCUUUAGCAAUUCAAAAAGUAACUAAACUGAAGUUAGGACCUAACACCUCUGUGGCAGACAACUUGAUAUUAGAUUUUGCUCCCUUAUUUCCCCUCCUCCCUUAAUAUCUGUACACAAGCACUGCUUCACAAUGCCAAGGUCAGAAGUUGAUCUAACAGGGUGUACAGUCAUGUGGACAAAAGCCAUGGGAAAGAAACCGAAAGCCAGCCAGGCUUCGGGGCUCGGUGCUGGCUGCCUUGAGGUCACCUGGCAGUUGGAUUCCUGCCUUGCACUUCAUUUCCUCCCCCUCUGUCUAGCUUGCACAUCGGGGUGGGGAGGCUCGGAGGCUCCAUGGUUGUGCAGAAAAGUUAGGAAAAAGUGGCAAAUUGGAUAUGUGGAGGAAGGAAGCGGGUUUGAGGUGAUGGGCAAAACUCUAAAAAUCUAAAUCUGAUUGGUGUUGAUGGGGUUGGGAGAGAUUGCUACUUACAAAUUGAAGAGAAUUUGUCUUGACUCUGUCAGGGGAAUCACUUGCCUUGGAUCUAUGCAAAUAAAGCUCCGUGGAAGGGCUGUAGGGAUGAGCCAGCCUUGCCCCUUUUUUGUAUGAUUCUGUUUACAAAACUUUACUGGGACUUUUAAAUCUAGCUAUAGAUGGGGGGUGGGGGUGGGGAGGAAGUAUUUCCAUUUAGAUGUUUUGUAUGGUUGAUUAUGUUUAAAAUUUCCAUUACUUAUUUUUUAAAAGCACGUGGCCACAUAUGUAUAUGUAUCCCUAAACUUUGUAUCCUGGUUUCAGCGCACUGUUCAUGUAUUCCUGGGAGAUGUUCACACAAAAUCAAUCCAAAGAAAAAUUUGAAAGAAGUAUUCCUAUUUAUAGAAUAAAUAUUUCAUUUAUAUAAAAGCAAAAGAACUUAGAGUUCUAAUAAAUGGGAUAUCUAAUAAAUUAUGAAGUUGCCCAUUUGAAUAUAUUGUAUUUUUGUAACUUUCCUUGCCAAAGUCCUGGGCUUAGAACAUUAGAGAGCUUGGUUUUUCCACCUCUCCUCUACCAUUCAUCUGUCUUCCAUACAGUCAUUUGGGGCCCUUUACCCAAAGAGAAUUAAGAAACAUAAAGGUAUAACAAGCUUGGCAAAGUAUUUCCGAGAAAGCUUUUUUUUAGGUAAUAGAGCAGCAUCAUUUUAUUUUGGAUUCUUUGAUCAGAUAUCAACAGAUGAUACAAAUCCUUAUGAUAAAGCCUCAUGACCCAGUUUAGAGAAGAUGGAACCUGGCCUUAACAGCAAAUAUGACAGAAAAGUCUGAUCCAAAGGAUUUUGGAUCUGAAUUUUAUAAAAGGCAGUAAGAAUCGCCAGUGUCCGUGUACAUCCCAACUUUUAGGUGCCCUCAUACAGUCUGAAAUGGAGUCAUAGCUCAGAGUUCCUCUUCAUCCAGGACAGAGAAGUUUUAGGUCUUUUUUAAGUAAAUGUUUCAUUAAUACACCUAUACCCUUUCUUUGAAAGUUGGCAACCUAAUUGCAGCCCAGACUGAAAAAUUUCUAUGCUAAAAUCUUCAACUAUGGCAAAUCACAAAAAUGAAUAUUUUCUUCCCUGAAAUCAGGGCUCACUUUUGGGUUUUUUUCCAUAUUUCCAGAUAAAUGUAUUCAAGAUGCAAUACAGUAUUUUAACAUGCACAUAUCAUUUUAUAUUGAAAUGUAUUACAGUAUUAAAAUUCAGUGUUCCAUAUUUAUUUCACUAUGCAUUUUAUUUAGCAGAAGCCGAGAAAAAUGUUUAAUCCAAUGGUGCCUUACUUUGUGAUUUGAAAGAAAUCGACUUUUUAUGUCUAAGUAGCAGAUUAUUUGCAUAUUUGUAAAAACUGUUAGACCUUUAUAUUUUAACUUGUAAUACCAAUUUUGUUAUUUUAGUAGCAAAAAUGGGAUGAUUGUUAAAGUGCCCAAAAUAUUUUGGCAUGAAAUUAAUUUUUCCCUGUUUAUAGUCAGGGACAGUAAAGGAAAAAAACGUUUUUCAUACCACUGCAUUAUGUAAACGUGCACACUUUGGUAUCGAUGUCAUCAAGACAGUUUAAAUGGUGGGGUAGAGUCUACCCUAGACAUCUGUGUCUUUGUAAGUUAGCCAAAAAAUAAAUAAAAGCAGAAUGAUAAGAGUGUCAA